CAAACACAAACAGUGCCCUGCGCAACGCCGUCUUCAACCGACCACCCGCAUAUACCGGACCUACCUGACCUUGCAUACAGCUUACCUGCCAAGUACUUACUUACCUAGCCAACCGGACUACCGAAUAUAAACUCUCCGCAAGUCUCUCUCCCACCGACACAUCUCUCUCUUCUCUGCCUUUUCUUACAAAUGCCCCCGACUCCCACGCUCCUAACCUCACUCCAAAAGUUGCCCCGCCUUCGACUCCGGAAUCCCAUCCUCACCAUCACCACCACCCCGCCAUCGUCGUCACGGUCUCGCGCCUUUGUAUCUCUGUGCUUACCUACUACACCGACGCCGACGACAACGACGACAACGACGACCCGUCGGGUAGCGAUCUACGACACAGGACAACAACAGCAACACCGCCGAUUAACAACCGGUGUUCGUCUCUGUACGAACAAAAUCAACGGACGACGCAACGUCCUGCUGCUCGGGAAAGAAGUCGGCGUCGAGAGAAUCACAGACGAAAUGGCGGACCGGAUUCACCGCGUGACCAUGUUCAAGAUUGCCGAUGAGGGGCAGCAGAAGGAGCUGAUUGAGCAGUAUAAGAUUUUGGGAGGGUCGCAUAAGAAGGACGGAAAGCCGUACAUCCUUUCCAUGGUCGUCGGCCCGGCCGUCGACGACCCGCGCGCCCAGGGCUUCACUAUUGUGGCCAAGACCGAGUUCGCCUCGCUCGAGGACAUGAAGUACUACGACGACGAGUGCGCCGCCCACGGCGUCCUCAAGUCCUUUGUCAAGGGCAACCUUACCGUUGGCGGCGUCAUGUCUGUCUACUUCAAGCCCGAGGCCAUUUCCGUUUUGUAGACGUGUCUUGCGGCUGGGAGCAGAGCACCAUAGGCCAUGGGUCAAUGAGAGUCCAGAGGGUGGUGUGGAUCAAAGGGAAUUCAUCAAGACUUCACCAGAGAAACCGAGGUGAUUGUAAGGCAGCUUUUUCUCCCCGUGUUUCUCUGGUGUAGAAAACCUCUUUCCAGAAAAAUGUCAAAUACUCCUUGUUGCCGGUUAUGGACAGGUAUCAAGCUACUUUGCA